CCCCUGGAAGCCUUUCCCAUUGCCCGUGGGUUCCUCCAACCCUGCGGUGACGGGCAGCCGGACCUCAAACGUGCUGUGUCAGACGCUCCAGGGGGAGGGGGGUCUCCGGCCACGGGUGAUCUACGGUCACAACGGUCACUGCUGCUUCUAUCACUCUGGCAGAGGCCACCCUGAGCUCAGGGCUGUCCGCUCCGCCCGUGGGGAUGCCGCUGCCUGCGCCUGCCUCGGGCUUGAGUGGGGCCACCUCUGCCCGGCCUCGCGCUGCUUGCGGUGUGGAGGGACCACUGAGCAGCUCUGGAUGGGAGUGUCUGGGCUGAAGCUGGAGAAGCCAAAGAAAGGUAAAAAAGAAGAUAUUGAAGGCCGUCAAUCUGGCAGUACCUUACUGCUGCAGGCAAGAGACAACCUGCGUCUCCAGGUGCAGAAGGCUCUCUCUUCAUAGUCCGCAGCAGGCCAGAGCACAGAAGUGCACCAAGGGGUGUGUGCAUGUUACCUGCAGCAUGGUACAGCCAUGCAGGACAUGAGUGAGCAAGGCUACAUGUCUAGGAAGCCUCAUCUCAUAAGAGCUGUGAGACACUCAUGUAGCUGGAGGGCAGCCCAGCGACCCGAACUAUAGAUGAGGAAGGGAGACAAGGAGAAAGAUGCAACUGAACUGUCAAAUUCCUCCAGCAGUGGCAAGAGCUGUGGUGAGUCCCAACCCAUCACUUGCCAGUCUUUCCCUUUGUUCUGCCUCCAGUCUUUGUUAUCUCCAUCUCUGUUCUUUUCCCUCUACUUUUUUCUCUCUGCUCAUCAGCCUUUCUCCAUCAUCUGAUUUUUUUCUCUGUGAUCCUCUGUGCUGUUCCCUCUCCUUUCUUUCUCCAAUUCGCUGUUGUCUUAUCUAUCUGCCCCACCUUCUCUGUUUGUCUCUGUUGUGCUCCCUGGCCCUAAUACUUACUGCAUCAUAUCUCUGUCCCUGGGUUGGUUUUUUUGGGUCAUGUUCCAUCGCUCUGUCAUUCUCUCCUUUGCUCUCAUCAGUUUUCUAUCCCAGCAUCCCCAACCACAUCCCUGUCUCUCCCACGGCAUUCUGCGUUUUGGCUCCCUGUCCCUCACCUGUUUUCUGUAUCCCUUUGUCUUUUUUCCUGCACACUGUCAUCCCUCUGGCCUGCUACAUGUCAUACAUUUUUCCCCCCUUUCUCUGCCUUGGUCCCACCACUCUCUGCCUCUCCCUGCCUCUAACGUUCCUCUCUCCAUCUCUUCCCUGGUCCCUGUUCUUUUUCUCUUAUUUCUUCAUACUCCAACCACUUCCUAACUUUUUUGUCCACUGCCCAUCCUGUUGUUUCUCACUACGUUCUCUGACCUAUCUCGCUGACCAGUUAUUCCCCUCUGUCCUGCUCCCUGGCCUUUUUUGUCAUCCUGCUUUCCAAUGUUUUUUUUCCUUUCUCUACUUCUUUGUUCUGAUUUGUCUAUCUCUCUCCCCCCCCUUUCCCUCCCUUUCCUUGUUCCCCUCAAUUUCUCUUGAUCCAUCCUUUCUGCUUCCUGCUCAUCAUUUUCACUGUCUUUCCCUCUGUCCUACUAACGAGCACAGUGGGUGAGCCAGCGAGGCUGCUUGUCUAGGAACCUUUUCCUUGUAAGAGCUGUAAGACACCCAUUUUUUCUCUUUGGUGGAGGUCAGUCUGGUGAUCCAAGUUCCAGAAGAGGAAGGGAGGAGGGAAGGAGAAAGAAGCGUCUGACCUGUCAAAUUGUCCAGGCAGUGCCGAGAGCCGCAGUGAGACCUGGGUCCUCCGGACCCUUCUCACCCCUUUUCUCUCUCCCGCUCCCUCCCUGCCCCCCUUCCAUGUCCCCACUUCCCACACUGCUGCAGUAUUUUUAUCUUUGCCCUGGACCCCCCUUCUCAGCUUGCUCUGAGCGACUCUGUCUCCAGAUUUUUAGGUCCUGUAUCUUUCUGCCCUGUAGCCCAUGGCUAUUUUUUUCCUUCUCUGUCUCCAUCUGAUUCCCAGCCACCAUUUUUGCAUUCCUCCCUCUAUGUCUUGUCACCUGUUGGUAUUUUUGCCAUCCCUGUCUCUGGCUCUCUGUCCCUUUUGUUCAAGGUAUUCCUUCUCGGCUCUGUAGCAUGUCCUGAGCCUAUUUCUUUCUAUAGCUCUCUUUACCCCACUACCUGUCCCUCGGGUUAAGUUUUUCUCUCUGUCCUGUCACUAUUUUUUGGUUUUCCAUCUCACUCAGCUUUGCUCUGUGUCCCUGUUUUUUAAAAUCUUAAAUCUUGUGGUUUAGUUUAUGGUUUAGUUAUGUGUCCAUUUGUCUGGCUCCCUGUCCCUUUUUAUUCAUUCCUCCUUCUCUGCCACUUCACUUAUCAGAUCUUUCUCCCUCCCUCUCUAUCUGUCUCACCAUCCCCAUUUUUUAAACUCCCCUUCUCUGCCCAGUAGCCUGCCCCAGCUUUUCUCUUUCUGUGUCUCCCUCUGUCCAUCUCCAUGUACCCUAACCUCUAAUUCCUCCCUCUCUCUAUGGAAGCAGGCCUUUUCCCCUCCUUGGUCUGUCUUGUUUGCUGACACUGUUCUUUAAUUCCUCCUUGUCUGCCCUGUCACCCAUCACCAUUUUUAUUUUCUCUGUCUCUCCUGGUCCAGCUCAAGAUCUGGACUCUUGGAAUUUUUUUUAAUUCCUUCCUCUCUGCCCUGUAGUCUGUCACUUCUGAAGGUCUCUUUCUCCAGCCUGCUCUGUCUGGCUUCUGGUCCCAAUUUUGUACUUCUUCCCUAUGUGCUCUCUAGCCUGUUGCUUUCCUCCUCUUACUUCUUGCUCUGUCGCGCUGCCCAUCACAGCGUUUCUCUGCAUCUCCAUCAUCCUUCCUGAUCUUAUUUUUUGUUCCUCUGUUCUGCCUCUACUCCCUAUUUCUCCUGCCUCUCUGUGGUGCUUCUUUCUCCACCUCUGUUGGGUUCCCUCUUUCUCUAACCAUGCCCUUCUCUACCUCAUGCUUUCUGCUUACACCCGCUGUCCAGCCAGCUGUCACUUUUCUCCUGAGUGCUCUGCUCCCUGCUCCUCAUUUUUGGCAGCCUCCACCUCUGCCUGGCAGCCCCUCGCUCCAGGAGCCAGCUGCCUGACUGUCCAUUCCCUGCCAGAACAAUGAAGGCAGCACAGGGACCAGCCCAGAGCUCUGGAGCACACUCAGUCCUGCAGCUUAUAUGCAUGACUAAAUAAAUACUACUCAUCAUCUCCUUUGCCCUUCAGUGCUGUGUUUGCACCCCUUUUGCACCAGGUGAGGGGCUGACAAGGCCUGUGGGAGGUGAUGCACAGUGGGGGUCGGGUGAUGGCCCCCUGCUCCUGCUGGGCUGCAGCUGGAGGAGCCCCAGCUGCGGGCAGUGAGGCUGAUGAUGACAUGCCCUCCCUCUUAAGGGGUGGCUGCCCUGCCCUGGGUGGCCAUGGAGGGGCUGGUGUGAGCCAGGGAAGGAGCAGAGCAGCAGCUGAGACAGAAGAGAGAACAAACUUAGAACCUUUCUUGUUUGCCUGAAUUUCUGAAGAAACUAUCCAUGAAAUUAUAACAGCGGAAACAAACAUCUACGAAGAUAUCAUCUGAGAAAGGUAAGAAAUUCAAACUUCAAAAAUUGUGCCAAAGGGAAACAAAUCUACCUGAGCUAUUUUUAAGAUUCUAGGAUUCUGCAUAAUUGCCUUUGACUACUAGAAACAAUUUUAAAAUAAAAAAGCUGGUGUGUGUAGGUAGUAACGAGAGCUAUGUUUAAAAGUCUCAAGAAGCAAAACGCUAUAAUUAAACUUUCACUGAUAGUAUCCUGGUAGAACUGGAGAAAGUAACUAAAUUUCUAAAGCUGUUUGGAAACUUACAGUUCCACACAAUCUCAUUCUAAAAAAAGAUAGGCUUUUUUUUCUUUUUUCUCUAAUUCUCAUCAACUUUCAAGGUCAAAAAUCAAACUUGCAAUACAAUUUAAAACACAUAGAACAUACUUAAUUCUAUUAUGCAAUUUUUUCUCCAAGAAUAUCUCCUAAGAGUUCUUUAGCAAAAGCUUCUUCAAAGCUUCUCCAUAAAACCAAUCAUAAAAUCAUGUCGAGUUUCUUAUAAAAUUCUGCUUAUCUGUUAUGUAUAAAAUAACGUACUUUAAUAGUCUGACAAGUAAUUAUGAUGUCGGAGAAGUUCAUGUCGUAACUAGCUAUAUGGUUUUCCACCCUACUGGUAAGUAAAAUAAUGCAUAUUGCCCAAACAAUGACUGUAAUAAUUAAAAAAAUUGGAGACUACAUCUACUUACUAUUUCCUGCAGAUAAACCCACCUGAUGUGAAACAAACAAUAACUGGAGAUAUUUCAGUUGAAACGGGUAUUUCUCUGAAUGGAUUUUUGAACUAGUUUAUGUACCUACAGGGUUUCAGCUUUAUAGCCCAAAAGCAGGAGUAAGUGCCGUUUUUCCAGAAGAAACUGACCCACAGACAAACUCUCCAUGUCUGUAAACAAAACCAAACCAAGAAAACCAUACACAUGCAAAUCAAAUUACUGCCCUGUUCCACCACCACCCUUACAUUUUUAGAAUAAUUCAUAUAGAUUUUUUUUUGGGGGGGGAGGUCAUGUAACUUUCAACUUUACUAUUUAUAUUUCUGAGCUUUUUCCAAAAGCCACACUGACUAAAAGCUUAUUUCAUACUGAACUCUGAUAUAUUCAUUUCUGCUCCUAUGCUAGAGUUUGGAGAAAAAACACUGCUGUAAGUGUUCUCACAAAUGCCAUGGGACUGAUCCUGAGGCAAGUGCAUAAGCACUUGGAUUUUUAUGCAACAAACAAUAUCAUGCUAUCUAUGAGCAUCCAGCUUCCCUUUGUCAUAAAAUGUAUUUCAUAUGUCAGGAUGGAGAAUGAGUCAUGGAAUUCUUCAUUUUCUACAGCAUCACAAAGAUCCACAGCAACUGUAAGUAAAGGUGCCCCUACCAACUUUGCUUGCAGAAAUAGUUGGUACAUUUGUGCCUCCAUAUCUUAUUUUCCUGGCACUAAGAUGCCACUAUAGUAAGGUCCUAUGUUCUAGAGCGUGUUUUUUCAAACAAUUAGGAGAGGAUGGCUUUAAACCCAUAAUGGACUGCAAAAGCAUCUCCCAGUUAGAAACAACUAGUAACUAACCAUACUGAACUCCAGAGGAGGUAGACUCAUUACAUUCAGAACUGGGGAGAGGUGGUUUUUGGUGGAUUAAGGGGUUUUGUUUGUUUUAAAUGCUUCCUCAAAUAGAACAAACUGUAAAGCAGAAAUGGCAGCCAUACUUCUGCACUGGUUACACAAAUAAGUAACAAGUACCAAGGGUUAUUAGUACUUGAAAGUCUGUGUUGCACCACAUGGGCUCAGAUCGGCUCUCUGGCUGAUGGGUUAACACAAGCAGGUUAACUCCUGGCACUGGGACAGUAAUAAGUCUUUACUUCUGCUACCUGUUUCUUUUCACUUUGGAAUACAGUUCUGGCCAGCUUAUCUCCCAAAAUCAUCUUAAAACUUCACUGGCGAGAUGAAGGAGUUUGAGGAAGAGCUAAAAGUUCCUCCAGGCUUGGCAAAUUGUCUCAUGAUUUGGGAGUUAUGUGACAAAAAUCAAUGUGGUCUUCAUAAAUAUUGUUUGUUUUGUUGCUUAUGUUGUGAUCAUGAGAAAACAAUACUGUUUGUGUUCAUGUAUUCAUUUGUAUUCAUUGAACACAAUACUGUGUGUAUUCAAUCUUAACAGGUAAAGCUUUGAACCUGCCAUCUCUGGACUUUAGGGGUCAGAUGGAGAAUGAAAGGUAGAAUAUGUAUUUGAGCAGAGAGAUUCCUCCAGAUGCACUAGGCAAUUCCUGUGUCUCUUUUAACACUUAAAGAAUAAAGGGUUAACUUUUAGGGAAAGCUCUAUGUGCAUAAGAUACCAAAAUCCAAUUCUCUUAUUUGUCAACACUUUGUCAAAAGUGUUUAAGUAAAAGUCUGAAGCCACAACAGAGUUCUGAUAUUGACAUUUGUAGUCAAUUAUGAUAAAAUCCCCUCUUUUUUUUUCUUUUUUUACUGUAGAUAGGUUAAUGCCAGUUACAAAAACUGCAAAGAAAAUGCUCACACUUCUUUCUAUAAUAUUUGUUAUAAUUCUGCCAAAUUGUAUUUCAUUGCAAGCCUCAGGAAAAUCAGGAUUUCAAACUGACUUUUCAUCAAUUAGCAUUCUGCAAAUUAGAACUCAGAUAUUCUGUUUUACAGGAAGACACAGAAGCACAAAGAAUUUAAUGAGGCAUCUAUAGGAAAAGAAUGUAUGUUGCUUAAUGACAUAGCAUUUCUGAAAGGGCAACUACUACUGUCUGCUUUCUAAAUAAACAGACAUGCUACAGUUAGAGCUGACUCAUUCUAAAAUACCAAUUCCUUUUUGUCUUGGAGCAGAUUAAGGAACAUAAUGGUGGAAGUGCAUAUGUUCUCUCACCUACCCUCCAGACCUCUGUGACAAUACAAGCACAGCUGCUAACCAGAUGAAAACAUGAAGGUGCGAGAUAAUGUAAGAAUAAAUAUACAAUUUCCAUGGCACUACAACAUUAGCUAAUGUAAGAUCUGUGGUACAUGAUACUAUUAUUUAUUAUAAGAUGGUAAGUAAGUUCUAACACCUAAGGAAAAACUAAGUAUUUUCUGCUGGAACAAAAAGAGGUUAGCAAGUAGUAUGUCUUGCAUAGUUCAGUCUUCCAUGUAGAGACUGGUUGUGUUGAAACCAUAUGGAAAUGAAAAGGUCAUAAAUUAAAACUAGAAAUAAACACAAAAUAUUUCCCAAA